CGCCAAUUUUCUUUUCCGAGAAUAUCCCCAACCUUCUACAAACCCUAAUUUGGUUAAAUUUCACUCUCCACUGCUUUCUCUGAAACCAACUCGAGAUCUCUCCAACCAUGCCUGCGAUACAAACCCCAUCGGGGAAGAUCUUGCAGCUUGAGAUGGAGAAUUUCAAAUCUUACAAGGGUCAUCAAUUGGUUGGUCCUUUCAAGGAUUUCACUGCUAUUAUUGGUCCCAACGGUGCUGGCAAAUCUAACCUAAUGGACGCUAUUAGCUUCGUGCUCGGUGUUCGUACCGGUCAACUUCGUGGUUCUCAGCUUAAGGAUCUUAUCUACGCUUUUGAUGAUCGUGACAAGGAACAGAGAGGUCGGAGGGCGUUUGUUCGACUCGUUUAUCAGAUGGACGAUGGAGUAGAGCUUCAUUUCACACGUACUAUUACUAGCGCUGGUGGGAGUGAGUACCGUAUCGAUAAUAGGGUUGUGAAUCUGGAUGAGUACAAUGGGAAGCUACGAUCUCUAGGGAUACUUGUUAAGGCUCGUAAUUUCUUGGUGUUUCAGGGUGAUGUUGAAUCUAUUGCUUCGAAGAAUCCAAAAGAACUUACUGGACUCCUCGAGGAGAUUUCUGGGUCCGAGGAGCUUAAGAAAGAGUAUGAAGAACUAGAAGAAAAGAAGGCCAGCGCUGAAGAAAAAGCAGCUCUUAUAUACCAGAAGAAGAAAACUAUAGGGAAUGAGAAGAAGCUGAAGAAAGCACAGAAGGAAGAAGCUGAGAAGCAUCUAAGGCUGCAGGAAGAACUGAAAGCUCUGAAGAGAGAACGCUUCCUAUGGCAAUUAUAUAACAUUGAAAAUGAUAUUGAGAAGGCGACUGAGGAUGUUGAUGCUGAAAAGAGCAAUCGUAAAGAUGUCAUGAGAGAGCUGGAAAAGUUUGAACGUGAGGCAGGUAAGAGAAAGGUAGAACAAGCAAAGUAUCUGAAAGAAAUUGCUCAACGUGAGAAGAAGAUUGCUGAGAAAAGCUCGAAGCUUGGAAAAAUUCAACCUGAGCUUCUGAGAUUUAAGGAGGAGAUAGCUCGCAUAAAAGCAAAAAUUGAGAGCAAUAGAAAGGACGUGGAUAAGAGGAAAAAGGAAAAAGGGAAGCAUUCCAAAGAAAUUGAACAGAUGCAGGAUAGCAUUAAGGAGCUAAAUAAGAAAAUGGAAUUAUAUAAUGAGAAGAGACAAGAUAGCAGCGGAAAACUCCCAAUGCUUGACAGUCAACUGCAAGAUUAUUUUCGACUAAAAGAAGAAGCUGGAAUGAAAACCAUUAAGCUAAGAGAUGAGCACGAGGUUCUAGAGAGGCAACGGCGUACUGAUCUCGAAGCAUUGAGAAAUCUGGAAGAAAAUUACCAGCAACUAAUAAACAGGAAGAAUGAUCUUGAUGAACAAAUUAAGCGAUUUAAAGACAGGCAAGAAGAGAUUGAAACAUCUUCUUCGAAAUAUAAGAAUGAAACAACUAGUCUGAAAAAGGAGUUACGUGCACUGCAAGAGAAGCACGUAAAUGCCAGGAAUGCCUCUGAGAAGUUGAAGACUAGAAUCGCGGAAUUAGAAGACCAGUUAAGUGAUUUAACGGCUGAAAGGUAUGAAAAUGAGAGAGAUAGUAGGCUAACACAGGCUGUUGAGUCUCUCAAGCGUCUAUUUCAAGGAGUUCAUGGUCGGAUGACUGAUCUUUGUCGGCCAAAUCGGAAGAAGUAUAACCUUGCUGUCACUGUUGCCAUGGGAAGAUUUAUGGAUGCAGUAGUUGUAGAAGAUGAAAACACGGGAAAGGAUUGCAUCAAGUACUUGAAAGAGCAAAGGCUUCCUCCUAUGACAUUUAUUCCUCUUCAGUCAGUACGUGUCAAGCCAGUGUUUGAAAGAUUGAGAAAUUUGGGUGGCACAGCAAAGCUGGCGGUCCUCUUUGCUGUUGGAAAUACUCUUGUCUGCGACGAACUUGAAGAAGCCAAGGUUCUUAGCUGGACCGGAGAGAGACAUAAAGUUGUGACUGUUGAUGGUAUACUACUCACAAAGGCGGGAACAAUGACUGGUGGUACCAGUGGUGGAAUGGAAGCAAAGUCUAAUAAAUGGGAUGAUAAGAAAAUUGAAGGUUUGAAGAAAAAGAAAGAAGAACAUGAACAAGAAUUGGAAAAUAUUGGAUCUAUUCGAGAAAUGCAAAUGAAGGAGUCUGAAAUAUCGGGUAAAAUAAGUGGACUUGAAAAAAAGAUUCAGUAUGCUGAAAUUGAGAAGAAAAGCAUCAAAGACAAACUUCCACAGCUUGAGCAAGAGAAGCGGAAUAUCAUUGAAGAAAUUGAUCGCAUAAAGCCUGAACUCUCUAAGGCAAAAACUGAGGUUGAUAAGAGAAAGACAGAAAUGAAUAAGUUGGAGAAAAGAAUGAAUGAGAUUGUGGACCGUAUCUAUAAGGAUUUUAGCCAGUCUGUUGGGGUUCCAAACAUACGUGUAUAUGAAGAAACUCAGCUCAAGACUGCUGAAAAGGAGGCUGAAGAAAGGCUGGAACUGAGUAAUCAGCUUGCUAAGUUAAAAUACCAGCUGGAAUAUGAGCAAAACCGAGAUGUGGGGUCACGGAUUCGAAAGCUAGAGUCUUCUAUCAGCUCUCUGGAAACUGAUUUGGAAGGUAUACAGAAGACAAUGUCUGAACGUAAGGAGACAGCUGUAAAAAUUACUAAUGAAAUCAACAAUUGGAAGAAGGAAAUGGAAGAGUGCAAACAAAAGUCGGAGGAGUAUGAGAAGGAAAUCCUGGAUUGGAAAAAGCAGGCUUCUCAAGCGACAACAAGCAUAACCAAGCUCAAUCGUCAAAUACAUUCGAAGGAAACACAAAUUGAGCAGCUGAUCUCGCAGAAACAGGAAAUAACUGAGAAGUGUGAGCUCGAACAUAUUACCCUUCCUGUUUUAUCAGAUGCUAUGGAGGAAGAUGACUCAGAUGGGCCACAGUUUGACUUUAGUGAGCUAGAUAGAGCUUAUCUCCAAGAACGGAGACCAUCUGCUCGUGAAAAAGUGGAGGCGGAAUUUAGGCAGAAAAUAGAAUCUAAAACAUCCGAGAUUGAAAGAACGGCUCCAAAUUUGAGAGCUCUUGACCAGUAUGAGGCUAUACAAGAGAAGGAAAAACAAGUUAGCCAGGAGUUUGAAGCGGCCAGGAAAGAGGAGAAGCAAGUAGCGGAUGCCUUUAAUACUGUUAAGCAGAAGAGGUAUGAGCUAUUUAUGGAAGCUUUCAACCACAUUGCUAGCAACAUUGACAAGAUCUAUAAGCAACUAACCAAGAGUAAUACGCACCCACUGGGUGGGACUGCUUAUCUAAACCUAGAAAAUGAGGAUGAUCCGUUUCUACAUGGUAUAAAGUAUACUACAAUGCCCCCAACAAAGCGAUUUCGUGACAUGGAACAGCUCUCUGGAGGAGAAAAAACAGUUGCGGCCUUGGCGUUGCUCUUCUCCAUCCAUAGCUAUAGGCCUUCACCCUUUUUCAUACUUGAUGAAGUGGAUGCUGCGCUUGAUAAUUUAAACGUGGCAAAAGUUGCUAAAUUCAUACGUAGCAAGUCAUGCCAAGCGGCACGUGACAAUCAGGAUGCAGAGGAUGGGAAUGGCUUCCAAAGCAUUGUAAUAUCUCUCAAGGACAGCUUCUAUGACAAGGCGGAAGCUCUGGUUGGAGUUUACAGAGACACUGAGAGGAGUUGCUCGAGUACAAUGUCAUUUGACCUUCGGAACUACCAAGAAUCGUGAUUGGUUCGACAACCCUUGGUGGGGUUUAGGGUUUAGGGUAUUUCACGGUUGUAUGGUAUGGUGCUUUAUUUGCGAUUUGAUGCGGCACAGUACCUUCUAAGAUCUGACAAUGUAGAACCUAUGGAAACCUUUGUUUAUGUGAUAUAAGAAACUCUUGAUCUUAGUUGAAUCUGGUUGUCGUCUUAUAUAGAUAAUGAAAUGUUAAAUGAUUA